AUGACUCCUUUGUAUUGUGAGCCAAAGCUGCGCGAUUUUGGCUUAGCUGAUCAUGGCUGGCGCGGCUUUGGAGGCAUUGUAUCAAAUCUAAAGACAGGGAAAAUACCGCAAUACAAUUUGGCCGCUUUUUGGGAGCGCCCAAUUGCACCAAUCCUCACAGGCUACGCUGAACAUGCUCUGAGGAGGGGAAUAAUGAAGACAGCUCCACGACGACCACCAGGUAGUGUGCGAGCGGACCUGGAUGCUAGAAUGCUGACCAAUAUCAACAUGUUAGCGGCGUCCUGCGGAAACUCACGGGAUUUGUAUUUUUGGACGGUUUCUGGCGAGUCUGGUCGUCAUAUGAUCAAUGAAUACAUAACAGAGGUUGAAGAUGGGGUAUUGCUGUCAGAGGGGAAUUUGCGGAAUCAGUUUGCCUCUGAUAACCCCGUAAUGGAGGGUUCGGUUCGAAGUUUCGAAGAAUGCAAAUUGUUGCCGGGUGACAUAGCAUUGUGCGACACAGCCGGUAUGGUGUGGAGUGGUGUUAUAGGUAGUCCUUUGUCUAGAGCAAAGAGUGCCACUAAUGAGUCAAGGGUAAUCACAUAUUCUGAUCAUCCUCGCGUUGUGUUUGUAGCUUCCACCUACCAUGUGAAAAGCUUAGAUUUGCGUCUGAGCAGUGCCAACACAGUAGAUAUGUUCGAUGUUCCAGAAUUAGCGAAAAGCGUUAGUUUUAACGUUUCUUAA